AUGGCAGGUCGACUUGUCGAAAUUUUGAUGCCGAGAUUGUGUCGCGGAGGUUGCAACGGGCGCAGAGCUACCCUCCGCUUGAUGGGCCACAAGGAUUCGGACAUUGACAGGCAUCUUGCAAAGCGAGCCUUCCCCAGUGUGUCAAUCUCCAGCCGGAUUGGCUUUGACCCGGAGGAGGAGGAUGGCUUUGAUAACGGAAGUGCACCAGAACCAUCCCUUUCAUUAGUUGCUACUUGGUUUGAAACGACUGCUGGCGGCCAUGACAUGGAGGAUCAAGUUUCUUUCAAUCAAUCGGAUGCAGGAGCGAUAAAAGCCCGCAUGAUCGGAUCAGAUCCAAGUUCCUUCAGGCUCCUCAUCCCGCCGUCCUCGUCGCUCGUUGCAUUCUCUAGUUUGCUCCUUGCCUCUAGCGUGCAGCUAGCGUCCGCAGUCAUCAUUCCAAGAGGCAUUGUCACUGACCCUGCGGCAUUUGCUGCCACCAAUUUUGACUUUGUCGUAGUUGGUGGGGGGACGGCUGGACUCGCCGUCGCCGCCCGUCUCGCCGAGAAGAGCACUUGGUCCAUUGGUGUGAUCGAAGUCGGGCAAUAUCGACCUAAUGACCCACUCAUUGAUGUCCCAAAGAACUUCGGUUCGACCCUUGGCAACGCUAACUAUGACUGGGUAUACUUGACUACUCCCCAGGCAAAUGCAAACAAUCGAGUGAUCCCUCAGAAUCGUGGUCGUGUUCUCGGCGGUAGCUCUGCCAUCAACUUUGAAAUCUUCAAUCGACCAGCUGCCAUUGAGUAUUCGGCUUGGUCUGUCCUCAAUCUCGGUUUUGGCCAGGGUUGGACUUGGAAUGGCUUGCUCCCGUACUUCAAGAAAGCAGAAACAUACACGCCACCCCUCCCAGAGGACCAGUUCCCAGACCCGACGCCAACCCGCCGCCGCAGAGAUGAAGAAGUCGCCGGAACGGAUAUUCCGACCGACUUUUUGGCUAGUGCAAUCGACGCGCUGAAUGCGACCGCCCUCGAUGUGAACGCAUUGCUCGCCGCAGCCGGCGUAGCCGACACACUGAACGCGGGAAAUUCGACCGCCGUGACGAAGCGAUCGUUCCUGAACGCUCGAGACGACGCCGUUCAUGGGUCAUCGGGACCGGUCAAAGCUUCUCACAACACAUGGUACUCCGACGUCGCCUCCCCCUAUAUCCAUGCGGUACAGAACUUGGGCAUUUCGAUCAACAACUCACCGGAUUCUGGAGAUAAUGUUGGAAUCUACAACUCUCCUCGUGCAGUUGACUCUACGAGUCAAACGAGGUCAUACGCUGCCUCAGCCUACUACGCUCCCAACGCUAGCAAGUCCAACUUUAUCGUUCUCACGGGUGCCCAAGCUACAAAGAUUCAGUUCAGCUCUACAAAGAACAGGGACGGCACUUACACCGCGACGGGGGUUUCCUACACCUAUGGUGGCACUGUCUAUACUGUUAAAGCGGCAAAGGAAAUCAUUCUUUCCGGCGGUGUCUUCAAUACGCCUCAGCUCCUUGAACUCUCCGGCGUUGGUGACUCGGGCUUGCUGUCGAGCUUUGGUAUCCAGACCUUGAUCAACCUCCCGGGCGUUGGUGAGAAUCUGGUGGACCACGCUAUGACUCCUUGUAGCUUCAUCAUCAAGGAUGGUUACCACACAUGGGAUGAGCUAAGACUUAACUCCACGUUUGCUGCCGCUGCCGCUGCUCAAUACGCCUCGUCAAAGACCGGUAUCCUGACCUCUACCAUCUCUGUCCUGUCAUUUGUUCCUCUCCAAUCGUUCCUCUCGACUUCCAAGUUCAUUAAUAUCUUGGCAUCCUUGACUGGGGAGCUUCUCAGUGGUGCAAGCUCCUUCUCUCUUCUCCAAUGGGCUCAAUACGUCCUCCAACUCGGCUGGCUCUACAAUACGGACGUUCCUCAAGUCGAGUUUGUCUUCGUUCCCGGCUUCCAGCCUACACCAAACUCUCUCACACCCGCUGCCAAUACGUCGUACAUUACGAUUACCCCAGUCCUUCAGCAUGCAUUCAGCCGUGGCUCCGUUCACAUUACAACCACGGAUCCCCUGGUUAAGCCCGCGGUUAAUCCCAACUACCUCGCCAGUUCCUUUGACCGCAGCGUUCUCGUUGAGAGCGUCAAGUUCGUUCGCAAGAUUGCAUCUACGGCUCCUUUCUCAAAUCUCAUCAAGACGUUCAAUGACCCACCCACGUCUGUGACCAGCGACGAUGAUAUUGCCAAUUACGUUCGCAACUCUUUGCAGAGUCUCAAGCAUCCAGUCGGUACCGCGGCGAUGGCGCCGCGUCAGCUAAACGGUGUGGUUGACACAAGCUUGCUUGUCUACGGGACGAAGAACUUGCGCGUCGUGGACGCUAGUGUUUUCCCCAUGCACGUCUCUGCUCACUCACAAAGCACGACGUAUGCGAUUGCCGAGAAGGCUGCCGAUGUCAUUAAGAGCAUCUGGAACUGA